CACAAUGUGAGCUCUCCUUGUCCAUAGGAGGCGUGCUCCACAUCUUUCUUCUCUUCCCCAAGCCGAAGGGAAGAAACCCUUUCUCCUCUCUUCUCCAGCCAGCCUACUCCCUCCUCCCUUCCUUCCCAAAUCCUCCCCAGGUGCCUCCUUGCUGCACCACGCCCUUCACCACCUCCAUGGUUGCCCUUUGAUUUAGGGCUUUGAGGAAGAAGGAAAGGAGACAAGAAGAGGGGGAACAAGAAAGCUUCCCCAACUUUUCCCUUCACCAAAUCUUUGUGUUUUGACCAUAGAGAUGCCUAGGGGUAAAGCUGGUAGAAAGCAAGUUCCACCCACUCGGGGAAAAACAGCAGCUGGUGCUAACCCCCGAGGUCGUGGACGCAGGAGUGCCCAACCUGUAGCUGAGGAGAGUGGCGAGGGAUCAGUGGCAACUGAUGAUGUUGCUUCACCACCUCAAGCUGAGUGGCGUGAGUUGAUGCAAGAACUCCACACACUUUGUCAGCAAGCUCAAGCCACAACUCCUGCACCUGCCAAUGCCCAGGGCAUGAUGAAUGAGCCAUUUGGCUCAAGACAAGUCAAUCCUCUUCUCACAUGGUCUAUGGUACACUCUGACACUUUUAAUGGGACUGGGACUCCUGUAGUGGCAGCUGAUUGGUUGCGCAUCAUGGAACGACGCCUUGAGGUCAUGCAAGUGCAACCAGCCCAAAAGGUGAUGUUUGCUACUAUUCAGCUAAAGGGUAAUGCAGACAUCUGGUGGGAGAAUGUUCAUUCCUCUUUACCACCAGAGCAUGCCACACCUACUUGGGAGUUCUUCCGAACUCAAUUCAUUGAGAAGUACUAUCCGGCUUCCUAUAUAGAGAGGAUGGAGAAUGCACUAAGCAAGUUAAGGCAAGGAAACAAAACAAUACAGGAUUAUGAAACCGAGUUCAACGAUAUCAUCCGCUUUGUGCGAACAGUGGCUAAUAAUGAUAAAGAGAAGGCAAGGAGGUUCAAGGAUGGGCUAGAGCAGCAGUAUCGUGUUGUGCUCAGUGUUGCUGGGUCCUCUAGCUUUGCUUCCUUGGUUGAGAACGCCAAAAAGAUAGAGUUCGAGCUGCAGAAUGGCUCACCUCCUCCAAUGGUAUCUUCCCCACCCGGUGGCCCAGUAAUUUCUCUACUGCGGGUGCCAACCAAAAGCGAGACUAUGGUGAUAGCAGCAAGUCUAACCGCCGCCCAAUGAAGAAGUUUAAGAAUGUCCAGUCUACCCCCCAGCCCUUCAAGCAGAAGUCACAGAAGACGUCAUCCUCUGUUGGACCGCGUGUGCAAUAUUGUCCAAUGCCUGGGCAAGGGAUGAUGUGUUUCAAGUGUGGCGAAGGCCAUAGAGCUAAUGAGUGUAAUUGGACCGGUGUGUGCAAUGGCUGUCACAAAACUGGUCACAUGGAGCGGGUUUGUAAGUUGAACCUUGCUAGCAUUAUCAAGUGGCAGACUGUGUCUUCCCAACCGGAGUCCUCAUCAACGCCCAUGUCCUCACAUGGGUCUGUACAAGCAAUGAAGAAUAUUCAAGCUCCUCCGUAUCAAUAUGCAACCUGGGGUCCUCCUCCUCCUCAAAAUUGGCCACCAACUCACACAACGCUACCUAACUACCCAGUACCCCAUGCUCCUCCAAUCAUGCCCCAGAUUGGCGCUCCACCUGCACUAGCUUGUCAGAGCUUUUAUACCUUGCCUUCAUCAUCUACUGCUGGACGUCCGGAUGUCGUGAUAGGUACUCUACCUGUCAACUCAGUUGAAGCUCUAGUACUAUUUGAUUCUGGUUCCAGUUUCUCAUAUGUAUCGGUAGACUUUGCGAAUCGGGCAAACAUGUCUAGGCAAGAAAUUUCCCAACCAGUGAGGGUUAGUUCUCCAGGGGGAGUCCUUUCUUGUAGCACUAUGUGUCCUGGCUGUGAUAUUUCUAUUGAGGAUGAAGAUUUCACUGCAAAUCUGUUCAUCCUUCCACUUCAGCCUUUUGAUGUAAUUCUUGGCAUGGAUUGGCUACAAGCUUACAGAGCAGUAAUCUCUUGCUUUUGGAGAAUUAUCACCCUUGACUCCCCCUCAGGGAAGGAGUGUGUCUACCAAGCUAGUGCACCUCCACCAUCUUUGUCAAUGUUGGCCAGUCUCUUUCCAGGCCAGCCAUCUCCGAAGAGUGGGAUAUUGU